AUGGUCCCGCAUAACAUUCUCUUCACUGGUGCUUCCGGUUAUCUCGGAGGAACCGUUCUCGCUCGCUGGAAAAACGCCAGUCUGCCGCCUUAUUCACACCUCUACGCCCUUGUGAGAUCGGAGGAACAUGCAGAAAAUGUAAAGCAAUACAGUGCGGAGCCGCUAGUCGCCAACGUCCAUGAUCAUGAUGAUAUUGCGAAGAAGAUCAUAGAUCUGAAAAUCACCAUUAUCUAUUACCUGGUCGAUGCUUAUACCGCCAAGCACCAACCCGCGAUGAUAAAAGCGUUGGGUGAGGUCAAGCACAACACAGGGCAAGAAGUGCAUUUCCUCCACACCACCGGCGCCACGCAAUUCAGUCGACGUGCCGGCAUGCCAACCGAUGCCCCUUUGCUUGAUACCUGCCCGGACUUGUAUGAUCUGCAGAAGAGCGCCAAAGCACCUCACGACUUCAUGGAAGAGGUAUGA